AUGAGGAUUCCUCAGGCAGUAUUGUUCCUGCUCGCGUUCGUCACAACUAUCCAUGCGCUCGCAUUGCCCGCCUACCUCGAGUCAUUUACCGAGUCUUCGAAAGAACUCUUCAAGCGCAAGGGCGGUGGAGGUGGAGGCGGUAGAGGAGGUGGAGGUGGUGGUCGCAGCUCUGGCGGAUCUUCAAGCGGUUCUCGCGGAGGGUCGUCCGGAGGAGGAUCAUCAGGCGGUAGCAGUCGCACUUCCAACAUCGGUGGCUCUACGAAAAGCGGCAGUGGAGUGCGGCCAUCAUACGGCGGGAGAUAUUAUGGUGGCGGUGCCGCCGUGCCAUACCAGGCUGGAAAUCGAUCUCCUCGUGGCGUCGCCCCGGCUCUGAUCGGCGGUGGUGCUGUUCUGCUUUUGUUCCCUGCUCUCGCGUACGGCGCCUACUCUUACGGCUACCCUGGAUACUACAACUACUACAACCGGACGAGCCAGACGAAUGAGUCGCACCCUAUGGACUGCUACUGCGGUCGUUACCAGGCCUGUGGAUGCGAGCAGAACAAUGAGACCGAGUACUUGAACUCCGUGGCGAACAACGCCAGCGUUGCAAAGCUGGUGAACGGCACGUUGAUCGUCGACGGCACACUGGAGAACGGCACUACUGCUGCCGGAGGCGAGGGAGCUGCCAGCAGUCUGCAGCAAGGCUUGUACGGGAUGUCAGGCAUUUGGGUCGUGCUGGCGGGUGUCACUUACACCAUGUGGUUCAUGUGA